CAGCCCAGGAGCCUCACUUACACCCCACUCUGAGUCCCAAUGUUCUCCACGUGGAAAAGAUCAAUGUUCCUGUCUUUUCAUGAGGACCCUGUGCCCACCACGGCCUCUUUCGGCAAUCCCUCCAGCGACGUCAUCGGAGAGAAGGUUGUGUAAUUCAAGCCCGUAGCAUUUCCACUGGGCUUCCCAGCGCUGAACACACCUCUGAAGCCUGCUCUUGCCAUCAGAAAAGCCAGCUGAAGUUGUGAACUCUUUCCUUUCCUAGUGCAGGUCCCUGUGGAUGGCGGCCCGGACCCCCCUGGAGUUCCUGUCGCUGAACCGGACGCAGCUGUCGCCCCCCAGUGCCACGUCCUGUGACGGCGCUCAAGAGGCCUGGGCCGUGCUGCACAGGGUGUUACCAACGUUCAUCAUCGUCAUCUGCAUCUGCGGCCUGCUGGGAAACCUCUUCGUGCUGUCGGUCUUCCUCCUCCCCCGGCGGCGCCUGAGCGUGGCGGAAAUCUACCUGGCCAACCUGGCCGCCUCCGAUCUGGUGUUCGUCUCGGGCCUGCCCUUCUGGGCGGAGAACAUCGCCAACCAAUUCCGCUGGGCCUUCGGAGGCCCCCUGUGCCGCCUGGUCAAUGGAGUCAUCAAGGCCAACCUGUUCAUCAGCAUCUUCCUGGUGGUGGCCAUCAGCCGGGACCGCUACCGCGCACUGGUGCACCCGGUGGCCAGCCGGCAGCGGCGGCGGCGGCGGCGGGCCCAGGCCACCUGCCUGCUCAUCUGGACGCUGGGCGGCCUCCUGAGCGUCCCCACGUUCCUGUUCCGCUCCACCGCGGCCGUGCCGCCGCUCAACAACUCCUGCGCCUGCGUGCUGCUGCCGUCCGGCGCCGCCUGGCCCUGGCUGAGGAUGGUGGAGUUAAACGUGCUGGGCUUCCUGCUGCCGCUGGCCGCCAUCGUCUUCUUCAACGGCCACAUCCUGGCCUCGCUGCGCGAGCGGGCGGGGGUCCCCGGGGCGCGGGCCGGGGGCCGCACGGGCCGCAAGGCCGCGGUGCUCAUCCUCGCGCUCGUGGCUGCCUUCCUGGUGUGCUGGGCGCCCUACCACUUCUUCGCCUUCCUGGAGUUCCUCUACCAGGUGCGGGCCGUCCGAGGCUGCUUCUGGGAGGAUUUCAUCGACCUGGGCCUGCAGUAUGCCAACUUCUUCGCUUUCAUCAACAGCUGCCUGAACCCGGUGAUUUACGUCUUCGUGGGCCGGCUUUUCAGGACCAAGGCCUGGGAACUUUAUCAGCAAUGCGCCGCUCGAAGUCUUCCUCCAGGGUCCUUGCCCCACAGGACGGGCGUUCUCCAACAUUUCUGGCGGAAGUAACACAGCAGGGAGUCACGAAGCUUGGCGUCCUCAUCAGUGAUUCCGGACGUAAUAGAUGCUGUUGGAGUGGGCUCCAGAAUGAGCGCCCCACCCGCCCCCACCCCCCACCCCCCACCCCCCACCCCCCAGACGGCCAGGACCUCGUCCCUGGAAACUGUUGGGUGUUCUUAUGGUACGAGGACUUUGCAGAUGUGAUUAAGCUAAGGGUCUUGAGAUGGGGCGAUGAUCCUGGAUUAUCUGAGCGGGUCCAGUGUCAUCACAAAGGUCCUGAUAAAAGAGAAGCGGCCAGAGAAGGCCAUGGGACAGCAGAUGCAGGAGUGAAUCCGGGAGCCCGGAGCCGGGGGCUGCUGGCGCCCCCUAGGGCCUGGAAAAGGGACAGAGAGGGAUUCUCCCCUCAAGCCUCCAGAGGAAGCCAGCCCUGCACACGUUUGGACUUGAGCCCACUGAGACGGACUUCAGAGGUCUGGCCUCCAGAAGGAGAAGACAAUAAAGUCGUGUUGUUUUA